GAAUGGAUUCUUCCAGGAACUCCAUCCUCUUCCAAACGCUCAAAGUGAAAACUUUUUAAAACUUUAUCCGUGUUGUCCGGAAAAAAAGUGCUCACACAGUCAGAAAAAGUUAAGUUACCUUUUUCGUUUUAAUGGAUUAAAAUGGCCUCGGCGCUGAAGUUGAGCAGGGAUGAACUUCUGGAAGUUGACAUAUGCGACACAGGCGUGUGGUCGGAGGAGGAGAGCGGCGUCCAGCUGGACUCCUCCACGGCGUCCCUGCAGGGGGAUCUCUCCGCCCUGGCGGCUCCCAAGACCUCCAUCGUGGACUGCCUGCUGGUGGAGCUGUACGAGGCCUGCGGGGGGGCCGGCAGGAGGCAUGCGGACAGCUGGGACAGCUCCACCGAGGCGUCCGGCUCCGACGCAUUCCCGGGACGCAGCAGCUCCGGCUCCGGCUUCCUGCAGGAGCUGCAGGAGAAGCACACCCGGAGGCUGCAGGUCAACUACCUGGCCCAGAAAGCUCCGGAGGAGUUGCAUUCAAUAAUCCAGGAGGCCAAAUAUCGUUCAGGCCUGCAGUCGGCCAAACUGUUACGGCAGCUGAGGAGACGGGACCGACUUUGCAACAAGGUGCAGAGGAACUACGACAUCGUCACGGCGUGUCUUCAGGCUGUGUCACAAAAGCGACGAGUUGAUACAAGGCUGAAGUUUACCAUCGAGCCCUCACUAGGAAAGAAUGGCUUCCAGCAGUGGUAUGAUGCUCUCAAGGCUGUGGCAAGACUUCCGACUGGCAUACCAAAGGAAUGGAGGAAAAGGGUUUGGCUGACACUCGCAGAUCAGUACCUGCACAGCAUCUCUAUCGACUGGGAGAAGACUCUGCGUUUCGCCUUUAAUGAGCGCAGUAACCCAGACGAUGACUCCCUCGGCAUCCAGAUCGUCAAGGAUCUGCACCGGACGGGCUGCAGUUCUUAUUGUGGUCAGGAGGGGGAGCAGGACAGGGUGGUUCUGAAGAGGGUGCUGCUGGCUUAUGCCCGCUGGAACAAAAGUGUGGGCUACUGCCAAGGGUUCAACGUCCUGGCUGCUCUUAUACUGGAGGUCACAGAGGGCAACGAGAGCGACGCACUUAAGGUGAUGAUCUACCUGAUUGACAAAGUGCUGCCCGACAGUUAUUUUGCCAACAACCUGCGUGCAUUAUCAGUGGACAUGGCGGUGUUCAGGGAUCUGUUACGCAUUAAGUUGCCCAGAUUGUCUCAGCACCUCUAUCACCUGCAGAAAGCAGCCAACCGGGAAGCUGGAGGCAGCUAUGAGCCUCCGCUGACCAACGUUUUCACUAUGCAGUGGUUUUUGACCAUGUUUGCUACCUGCUUGCCGGCACCCACUGUUCUGAAGAUCUGGGACUCAGUUUUCUUUGAAGGCUCAGAAGUUCUGUUCCGGGUCGCUCUAGCCAUCUGGGAGAGACUGGGAGAGAGGAUUGAAUACUGCCAGACAGCGGAUGAGUUUUACAGCACAAUGGGCUGUCUCACUCAGGAGAUGCUGGAGCACCACCUCAUGGAUCCUGCUGAACUCAUGCAGGAGGUUUACUCCAUGGCGGUGUUUCCCUUCCCCCAGCUGGCUGAGCUGAGAGAAAAAUACACCUACAACAUCACUCCGUUCCCUACCUCAGUGAAAUCCAAUGGAAGCGGUGGGCUGGGGAACUGGGAGAGCGACGACGACGCCGACAUGGAUGACGAAGAUUCUGUGGUGACGGCGCUCGGCUGUCUGGGGCCUCUCGGCGGCCUACUGGCCCCUGAGCUGCAAAGAUACCAGAAACAUCUCAAAGACCAGAGAGGCGAGCAGGGGAACAUCGCAGAGCUGAGCCCAGGAGCCGUAGGAGCUGGAGUGGGAGGAGGAGGAGGAGGAGCUGCGAAGGCAGAGCAUCAGGCAGCCAUCAACAGCAUGAUGAUGGAGAGAAUGAGCACGGACAUCUGUGCACUGAAGCAGCAAUAUGCACGCAUCAAGAGGCGGCAGCAGCAACAGGCUAUGCAACUCUACAUAAACACAGGACCUGGACCUGAAGUGGCCACACGAGAAGGUGUUCUUCAGGAGGUUUCCAACACACCACACAGCAACAGUAGUGACCACCACACUGACGAUAAGUGUCCUGCCACACGUGUCUUGGCCUCCCAACUCGAACCUUCCGGUUCAGUGAUCAACCACCUCCUUCUGGGUAGGAAACCACGCGGCGGUUCCCGAAAUUGCAGGCCAUUGUCUCCUAGCACCUCUACGCUAUCAGGAUCCCGUCCUAAUUCUCUAUGCCACAGUCCGGGAUCCCCAUUCAGGGAGCGUUGUGGCUCACAGCUUUCCAACAGCACUGGAUCCCCCGUGAGCUCCAGGGGAGGAGCAGGAUCGCCUUGGCGUGCUCAUGUCCGGCAACAUCGGAGGAAUAUCGCCAGGGCUCGAGAACAGCUGGGUUUUGGAGAUUCAGAGGAAAAGGAGGAAGAGGGGGAUGAAGGCGACUCUGUUAGGAUGGAGGAUGAGAAGCGGAGGAAUAGAGAUAAGGGAGCAGAUGAUGAGCAGAAAGAUUGGCAUGACGACUCUAUGCCAACUUCUCCUGAUGCCUCCGGUGCAAGUUCAGCAUGUGAAGAAGUCCAGCAAGGUUCAGAUACCGCACAAGAGGCAAAGGUGGAAGAAGUGGUAGUGCAGCUGGACUCCCUUGAUCUGGAAGAUGAAUCAGACCUGACUGCCCACAACUCUGAUUCACAUUCCAAACAACCAGAGUCUCAAUGUGCAACCCCAGUCCCUCUUCUCCCUCCACCUCCAUCCUCAAACAGACACAAAGAGUCCAACUCCUCGUGUUCAGAAAGCCUCACUGGUUCUAACAGACACUUUCCUCCCAUUGCUUUACCUCCUCCUCACCACUCCUCUCACUCCACCAUCCCUUCUUCUACACCACCCCCUCCAAGUCCACCGUCUUCUCCACUUUCUACAUCUGCCUCUCUUGGUCCACUGACCUCCACCCCAACACCAAACUCCACAUCCUGCCUCCCAUCUUCUCUCUCAGCCAACGGCUUGUCUUCUUUCUCUCUUCCAGCCACCUCCACCCUAUACAAAACCCCCUCCCCCUCCACCCCCUCGCUCUGCUCCAUAUCAUCCUCUAGAUCUAAUAUCUCCUCUUCCCCAUCAACCCCAGCCUUCUCAACAACCUCCUCCGUUCCUAAACAGCAAAUCUUCUCCCCGUUCCCGUCCGUGAAGCAGCCCAGGAAGUCGGCCGCAGCCAGGAACCUCGGCCUUUACGGACCCACGUCCAGAACACCCACAGUACACUUCCCUCAGCUCAGCCGCAACCUAAACCGCAGCAGUGUGGCCGGGACGACAGGCAGGCGAUGAAAACCUCUACAGACCCGCACUUAUGCUUUAGCACACACAUGUUACAUGAUAUAAAGAAGCUACACCACGUUGCCUCCUGCACAUUAAGCAAAUCUCUCUAAUAUGGAGCAAAAUUUUAAGAUGUGGAGCUCAAAUAUCUAGAGCUGAAUCACUGAUGGUAUAAAUGUGGCUUUAUAAUAUUGAAAUUUAUAAGCCAUUACAAAUGUUAGAGGUAGCUGACUUUAAGGGAUCGAGGAAAUGUUUAGCUGCAUUGUUUCCAUUUGUCUGAGAAGUUUGGGACAGUAACAAGCCCUUUACAUUGACCUGUACAGGUCCUUCUUCACCAUAAUCAACAGGUUGUUGGAAAAAAUGCAACAUGAAAGUGAGCUGUGACAAAACUCUAAGUUCUUGGUUGAAACUCACAUUGCAUUUAAGUAACAUUUUGUGAUUGGAAAAGAGGAUUCUUCAAAAAAGAAACAUGAAGUUUUGGUGUGGACAAAUAUUAUUUUGAAUUUUAUACAAAACAACAUGAUAUGAUGGUUUGCACAAUACCCACUUGUUUCUAAGCCAAGUAUUUAAAUCCACAUUAACAAAAUAGAUACUUUGGAAGCUCUGUAAAGUAAGAAUAAAAAAAACGUGUGUGUGUGUAUGUAUGUGCUCAAAAACCUGCAAUCACAAUGAUGUCCACAAGCACUUGCCAUGUUUUUCUACGAGUAAAAUCAUUCAGUAUGUUUAGUCUGUGUCUUACCUGUCAAGCAUGAGGAUUGUAAUGUCUCCUUCAGUAAUGAUGCAAGUUUGAGUGCAAAUGUUAGGUUGAGAUUAACUCAGUCCUGAUGUGUUUGACUCUUUGGAUGUGAACUCUGUGUAAAUGAAACUUGUUGACUCUAAAUAUAAAAUAAGGUAUUUAUUCCGAAACUGGUAUGUGGGAUUUCUGGAUUCUCAUACAGUUGUUCCAAAUAUGCUGCUUUAUAAGGACAUGGGAGAAGGAAAUUGAAUUAUACUAUUAGCUGUGUUCACAUAAAAUAAAAAUGUGCAACUCUUUAAAAAUAACAAAUGACUGAGUUUGUUAUCCCUAUCUCCAGCCAAGUAU